CCGACAUAAACAGAGCGCGAGAUAUCGAAAACAAUCCUACUUGUUUUUGAUUGUUUGAAAUGUUGUUUUGCCAGUCUUCCUAAAUUUGGAUUGAAGACAUUACUAGCAAGGAUGGAUGUAAAACUUUUAUCAGCUGGAGAUGAUAUAAAGAUAUGGGACAGCAGCGACUUUACACUCGCACGACAGCUCAACCCACAUGAUCAGAAUGUCUCCAGCGUUUGCUGGGCUGACGACAAUAGUUACCUGGCCAGUGCUUCAGUGCAUGCUGAAGAUAUUGCUGUUACCAACAUGAGCAACUUUGAAAGUAUGCGAUUGCAUACUGGGCCUGGCUGUAUGUGUAUAGAUGUCAAUGAUACAUCACGAUAUUUGCUCAAUGGAUCUUCAGAUGGUUUAAUUUCUGUAUGGGAUCUGAAGUCACACAAGAUCAGUAAAACAUACAAGGGCCACAAAGGACCAGUUACAUGUGCAAGAUUCAACCAGGGAUCAAGUGCAAUUGCUUCAGGAUCUGAAACAGGGGAGAUAAUUAUAUAUAAUGUAGUUACAGGACAAGGUUGUAGACCCUUGCUUGCACCAAAUGUUCAGGCAAUAAAGCAGAUACAGUUCAGCCGUUACAAAAAAUCAUUGUUUGGGUCUGUAUCUGAUGAUGGUUGUGUGAAUCUCUGGGACGCUAACACCCGGCAGCUUAUUCACAGUUUCACAUGCCAUCGUGCACCGACCACAGGCCUUAGCUUCUCACCUAUCAACGAUAUAUUCCUUAUGUCUGUUGGCCUUGAUAAAAGGAUAGCCUGCCAUGAUGUUCAGACCAAAAAGGUUGUGAAGAUAAUGACUGCAGAGAGCCCUCUGACAUCUAUUGACACAAAAAGUGAUGGGGUCACAGUAGCUGUAGGUUCUACAAGAGGAAAGAUAUAUCACUAUGACUUGAGAAUGGGUCUUAUGCCAGUGAGGACAUUAGAUGCCCACAAGUCGUCUGUACAGUGUCUCAGAUUCCAGGCAGAACAAAAAGUUGAACCAUCCAGUAAUAAGUCCACUUCUGUAGCAGCCAAGCAGCAACUCAAAAAUAAAGGGAGACAACUUCCUACAAUGCCAAAAGAAAAUAUAGAAAACACAGCACCCAUGCCAGAAACAGGAAUAGGAGAGGAUGUGUUUUCUCCUCUUAGAGAAGGAUACCAGGAUCAAUCUAGCGAGGAAAUGGACUAUAGAUCCAAUGGUAGUCUUCUCAAUAGUAACCAGAAUGCAAGAAAUAGUGCAGGAGACAGCUAUUCAGGUGGAGUAUUUUCCCCAAUAAAUGAAGCUAUAGGACGAGGGUCAGGAAGUGGAGUGGGGUUAUCUCCCUUGACUUACUCUGGGUAUCCCCUGUCAGAGCAGAACAGAAACAGUCCUGGAAUCUUAGAUUACAACAGAAUGAACAGCCAAAAUAACAUACCUUCAUUGAAAGUAACACAUCCAAGUGUUGAGGAAAAGUACGAUUCCAGCCGAGUUUACAAUAAAAUGUCCAGUCACUCAGUAUCAGAUCAUACAACAAAUGAAACCUCUCCCAGAGAACAUUUACAUCUGUCAGAUAGUCACUCCUCCAAUGAGAAUAUAUCAUCCAGUCAAAAACAUGUUGCCUUUGAAACAGACCAAGAAAAAUACUCAUUCCUCGCCCAAAGUGGUUCCAGUACAGCUAAUGGUGUUCAAAGCCCAGAGCUCAAACGUCAAAGACAAGCCCAUAAUCACCAAGUGGGUAUGAGUGCCUCACCUCAGUUUUCCAGCAUGCCUCUCGAUGAUUCUCCAGGAAGUGCUCAUGGUAGUGCCCGAACACCAGACGGUGUGAACGCUCAGUCGUCUGUGCCAAAUAACAUUGACUACCAACAUAGUGGCAGAAAAGAAGACAGAAUAGUGAAAAAUGAUGGAAAAACGAACUCCAGAAUGUUAAGUGGAGAUAUGGGUCAGUUAGCGGAAAUAAUUAGAAGUGUAGUUCAGGAAGAGUUAUCAGACUUUAAGAAGGAUAUGAGAUGUGUGAUGAGAGACGAGGUAGAUGAUAUGGUGGAUCAGUUACAUAGAGAUAUUAUCAACUUACAGGCAGAAAUGCUUAUACAGUUUCAAAUUCACCAGACAGAGAUGUUACAUCUUCUGGAACGUUACUCGGUAAACCAGGAUCUUGUAUGUGAAGUUCAGAGAUUACAGGAGGAAGUGAAGAGAUUGAAAAAGAACUUCUGAUCAUCAGCCGAUCUUUAGAUGAUAUUAAAUUCAUGAGCUGCACCAUGAGAAAACCAACAUAGUGCAUUUGCGACCAGCAUGAAUCCAGACCAGACUGCGUGGAUGCGCAGGCUGGUCUGGAUCCAUGCUGGUGGCAAAUGCACUAUGUUGGUUUUCUUAUGGCGCAGAUCUAUAUUGAACAGAUAUACUACACAAAGACAAGCAAUAUAGAAUGUGUUGUUCAUUAAUGACAAUAUACUUGAUCUACAUUGCAAUAUAUAUGUGGCUUCCAGUGUUAGAUACUGCAUUUUUGGUGAAUGAACAAGAGGGCAGAUUAUUUUACGAAAGUUGAAAAGAUAGGGAUAAGUUAUUGUUUCAAGUAGAAACAGCCAGUGCACUUUUGGUAACAGACUAGACAGUGUUUUGUAAAAAUAACUUCUGAGGAAAUUUAUUUCUUAUAUUGUACAUUCCGUUUGAUUAUCUUACAAAAAGUCCCCUCAGCUUUUUAUAUGCCAAAUGGUGCUAGUGUGUGCAUUUGAUAUAACAAACUCUUCGUUCAUUAUGAUAAAUAUAGCCAGUAAGUGUACUAGCUAUCACUGGGUAAAGGUUGUUAAAAAGUGCCUAAGAGUAGUUAGCUGGUGUAAAGUUGAAGUAUAUGUUUUAAUAUAAAAUUACAUACUUGAGUUGGCCUAACAACGAUUAACUAAGAUGUGAUACAGAAGUAUAUAUUUUGGUUGGCCUAGCAACUGUUACAAAUAAAGAUGUAAUAUAGAAUUAUAUACAUUGGUUAGCCUUACAAGGAUUAUUUUUUUGGUGCUUUUGUAGAAGAAUAUAUGUACAAAUGAAAUGGAAAUGAAAAGGGACAAUGAUCAGACCAUCAUUGUCCACAGUCUUCAAACUGUAAAAUGUUUUUGUACUAUGAAUCAGACAUUAAAGUAUAAUAGGCAGAUGACUAAAGCUUCAGUCACUAUUCUUUAAAUGUCCUCUCAAAGGGUCAUUUGGAAGGUAGAAAUAAGAGCUGUUGAUGUUUUAGUACAAGUCUAUAAGUGAACAUUGUUGAUUGUCAUCUUGCUAAUUGAUUUGUGAUAUUAAUACCGUAUAGUAACAGGAUAUUAUUUUUUUUUCAUACUUUCAUCUUUUGAAAUUGUUGUCAGUUAGAUAUUUAUGGAUUAUUAUUUGUGUAAUUCAGAUUAGCAAUAGUUUCAGGUCAUAAAAUGUCUGAAUGUUUUACACGUGUUUAUGGUACAGGGUUCCAGCAGUGACAAAUUAUUGUUCAGGCACCAGCAAAGUCAAAUAGGGUUAUGGAAACAUGGGAGGGGGAAUGAGGAUACAGGAACCAUUUUACGAUGACACAAUUUUAAUCAGAGAUACAUAUUUAAUUAGUUUAGGGAAUAACUACUACUUUGUGCAUUGAUGUAAAUUAAGGUGAUAUAGUGGUUAGCACUGGACAGCUUCAAUUUGAAAUGUAGACUAGUCCUCAGUAAUAAUCUGGAACAGUUGCAGCGAGUCUUGUCACUGGAUUGGGUGACUUCAGUUUAUAUAUAGGAGAUGUAUUUGUUACUUCUUGGUCUGCUAUAUUUUUCGUGUGAUGAUUGGUAAAAUACUUGAUGAUUUCCUCUUGGUGCCCCACAAUAGAAAGAAGAACAACUGACCUCAGUGCACACUGUUGUUUACUAUCAUCAGAAAUUUAUAAAUCAUAGUGGAAGAUCUGUCUCAGAUUUGAAGUCCUAGCAUAACUUCAUGUACUAACUUAGUGGAAUCUCACCACACUUUAACUAACGCAUUAUGUUAACCAGUCAUGCAUUUAUUACGUAGAGGUAGCUUUACCGGAACUUGUUAUAGAAUCUUUUUAUGCCCCCGGCAUCUACUGAUGCGGGAAGCAUAUAGUGAUUGUCCUGUUCGUUCGUCCGUCCAUCCAUCCGAGGUUAACCAGAUGGGACCGUUUCAUCUAGCAUCAAUACCCCUUACUACAAUGACUUGAUACUAAUGCAGAUGUAACCUGUGACCAUUCAUCAUCUUCAGACAACACCCGACCUGUUUGACCUUGACCUUUACCUCAUUUUGGACUUAGGUUGCUUUAUAUCGGCCAUCUCUUGGUUAACCAAAUGGGACCGUUUCGUCUAGCAUCAAUACCCCUUACUACAAUGACUUGAUACUAAUUAUUAUUAUUAUGAUUUAUAUAGCGCCCUUUUCAUGAUCAGUUUCACGUUCAAAGGCACUUUACAUAGUUCAAAUGCAGCCACACAGGGCGUAUAAUUCCUCCUCUACUAGUACAGACACAGAGCGAUCUGACCAGAGGGACAGAGUGAGACAAAGCCCCCAUGACAGAGAGAUCAGAAAUCAGAUACAGGCUUGUCCGGCUAACUUAGCCUAGCUCGUUGCGAAUAGACAGCCUGGUUCUUAAACGUGCCCAGUGUAUAGCACUGAUACACGCAAGGAUUGCCUGGGUUCCUGACCAGUACACCUCUAGUUGGGUGGGAAACACUGAAAAAGCGUUUCUGAGAAUUCCUGAGUAGCUGCCGGGGAUCGAACCCCCGACCUCAGGAUUGGAAGGCCAGUGUGUAAACCACUGAGCUAUCCAUCCACUACUAAUGCAGAUGUAACCUGUGACCAUUACUCAUCUUCAGACAUCACCUGACCUCAGUUUGACCUUGACCUUGACCUCAUUUUGGACUUAGACUUACCUGAACCAUAAGGUGCAAAAUCUAUCGACAAGGAUGCCACCGGGGGCAUCAAGCGUUUAUUGAACGCAGCUCCUUGUUUCAAUAUAAGAUAAUUUAAAAUGAAUUCUUCUGUUAUUAAGUUGAUUUGCUGCUCUAGUUCUGUCAAGGUUAUAACUAUUAAUACCAUUCAGAUGAAAGAAGUUCUCCUGUUUUAUGUUUGAUAUGUACUGGUAUAACAUUUAAGACAAUGGUAUCAUCUUUCAGUCAUACUUAAGAUUUAAGUCAAAUAUCAAAAUGCUUUGCUGGAUUUAUGUGUACAGUAUUUUCAUAAUUUUCAGGCCAGUAAAAUUCAUCCCAUAGUCCAAACGUAUUACAGAAUGUAAUUCUAUUUUGCUUUGCUUAAAUAAAUGCUUGUCUUGAUCAGGAACAAUGAUGUAUGAUUAAUUGGAAUUAGGUAGAUUAUAUUUAAUUCUGUGCUUUUUCUUCUUUAUUUCAGCUUGUUGUAAAUUGUUGUAGUAACUUUGAAGUUCAGAAAAAAGUUUAUAUGAAUAAUAACAAUUCUAGAAGAAAAACAGCAGAAAUUGAAUAAUGGAAUGAUAAAUAUCUUUAGUGCCAAGACUUACUAACAACAGAAUUUUUACGGUGAUGUAAAUAUGAUGAAUAUAAGGUACAGAUAUCACUGAAAGUUGCAUUUCCUUUGAGUCUUUUAGGAUAUUUAUUGUUAUAACAAUUCAGAUGAAUCUUAAAUUUUUGUCAAAAAAAUCAACAAAAAUGGUUAAAUCUGUGGGUUUUUUUUAAAUACCAGGUAAGGAAUUAAAUGAUGUAAAAAAGAAAAUAUUUCAUAUUAGAUUAAAACACUCAUCUUAACCCGUUCAAGGGCAUUACAAACGUUAUUUUCAAAAUUUGACCUCCAUAAUGCAUUCUGUUAGGUCAUUAUUUUUUAGCUCACCUGUCACGAAGUGACUAGGUGAGCUUUUGUGAUCGCGUGGCGUCCGUCGUCCGUCCGUCCGUCCGUCCGUAAACUUUUGCUUGUGACCACUCUAGAGGUCACAUUUUUCAUGGGAUCUUUAUGAAAGUUGGUCAGAAUGUUCAUCUUGAUGAUAUCUAGGUCAAGUUCGAAACUGGGUCAGGUGCGGUCAAAAACUAGGUCAGUAGAUCUAAAAAUAGAAAAACCUUGUGACCUCUCUAGAGGCCAUAUUUUUCAUGAGAUCUUCAUGUAAAUUGGUCAGAAUGUUCACCUUGAUGAUAUCUAGGUCAAGUUCGAAACUGGGUCACGUGGGGUCAAAAACUAGGUCAGUAGGUUUAAAAAUAGAAAAAUCUUGUGACCUCUCUAGAGGCCAUAUUUUUCAUGGGAUCUUCAUGAAUAUUGGUCAGAAUGUUCACCUUGAUGAUACCUAGGUCAAGUUUGAAACUGGGUCACGUGGGGUCAAAAACUAGGUCACUAGGUCUAAAAAUAGAAAAACCUUGUGACCUCUCUAGAGACCAUAUUUUUCAUGAGAUCUUCAUGAAUAUUGGUCAGAAUGUUCACCUUGAUGAUACCUAGGUCAAGUUCGAAACUGGGUCACGUGGGGUCAAAAACUAGGUCAGUAGGUCUAAAAAUAGAAAAACCUUGUGACCUCUCUAGAGGCCAUAUUUCUCAAUGGAUCUUCAUGAAAAAUGGUCAGAAUGUUCACGUUGAUGAUAUCUAGGUCAAGUUUGAAACUGGGUCACGUGCCGUCAAAAACUAGGUCAGUAGGUCUGAAAAUAGAAAAACUUUGUGACCUCUCUAGAGGCCAUAUAUUUCAUGGGAUCUUUAUGAAAAUUGGUCAGAAUGUUCAUCUUGAUGAUAUCUAGGUCAAGUUCGAAACUGGGUCACGUGCGGUCAAUAACUAGGUUAGUAGAUCUAAAAAUAGAAAAACCUUGUGACCUCUUUAGAGGCCAUAUUUUUCAAGAGAUCUUCAUGAAAAUUAGUCAGAAUGUUGACCUUGAUGAUAUCUAGGUCAAGUUCGAAACUGGGUUACGUGCGGUCAAAAACUAGGUCAGUAGGUCUAAAAAUAGAAAAAUCUUGUGAUGUCUCUAGAGGCCAUAUUUCUCAAUGGAUCUUCAUGAAAAUUGGUGAGAAUGUUUAGCUUGAUGAUAUCUAGGUCAAGUUCGUAACUGGGUCAUGUGCGGUCAAAAGCUAGGUCAGUAGGUCGAAAAAUAGAAAAACCUUGUGACCUCUCUAGAGGCCAUAUUUUUCAGGAGAUCUUCAUGAAAAUUGGUGAGAAUGUUCAUCUUGAUGAUAUCUAGGUCAAGUUUAAAGGUGGGUCACAUGCCUUCAAAAACUAGGUCAUUAGGUCAAAUAAUAGAAAAACCUUGUGACCUCUCUAGAGGUCAUAUUUUUCAAUGGAUCUUCAUGAAAAUUGGUCAGAAUUUUUUAUCUUGAUGAUAUCUAGGUCACAUGUGCUCAAAAACUAGGUCACUAUGUCAAAUAAUAGAAAUAACUAGAUCAUACUCAGUUCAACACUGGGUCAUGUUGGGAUAGGUGAGCGAUUCAGGACCAUCAUGGUCCUCUUGUUUUAUGCCCCCAAAGGGAGGCAUAUAGUUUUUGAACCGUCUGUCUGUCGGUCUGUCAGUCUGUCCGCAUUUUUCGUGUCCGGUCCAUAUCUUUGUCAUUGAUGGAUUUUCAAAUAACUUGGCAUGAAUGUGUACCACAGUAAGACGACAUGUCGCGCGCAAGACCCAGGUCCGUGGCUCAAAGGUCAAGGUCACACUUAGACAUUAAAGGAUAGUGCAUUGAUGGGCGUGUCCGGUCCAUAUCUUUGUCAUCGAUGGAUGGAUUUUCAAAUAACUUGGCAUGAAUGUGUACCACAGUAAGACGACGUGUCGCGCGCAAGACCCAGGUCCGUAGCUCAAAGGUCAAGGUCACACUUUGACAUUAAGGGAUAGUGCAUUGAUGGGCGUGUCCGGUCCAUAUCUUUGUCAUCGAUGGAUGGAUUUUCAAAUAACUUGGCAUGAAUGUGUACCACAGUAAGACGACGUGUCGCGUGCAAGACCCAGGUCCGUAUCUCAACGGUCAAGGUCACACUUAGACAUUAAGGGAUAGUGCAUUGAUGGGCAGGUGCGGUCCAUAUCUUUGUCAUUCAUACAUGGAUUUUAAAAUAACUACGCAUAAAUGUGUGACACAGUAAGACGACGUGUCGCGCGCAAGACCCAGCUCCGUAGGUCAAAGGUCCUAAACUCGAACAUCGGCCAUAACUAUUCAUUUAAAGUGCCAUCGGGGGGCAUGUGUCAUCCUAUGGAGACAGCUCUUGUUUUUUUUUUGUUUUUUUUGAUAAACAUUUUAAAAAUGCUAUAAAAAUGUAAAAAGCACUUUUUUCCAUUUAAUUCUAGGAUAAUAUAUAUUCAGUAAUUCUGUUUGUAUUUUUAGAAGUUUUCAGUAAUGUCAGCCUACAAUUAAGGGAACUACAGAAUUUGAAAUGUAAAAGUUUUCAUGCAGUAAAAGUCCCUUUGUUGUCCCAUCAGAGAUCAUAUAUGCAUCGGAGACCAGUACCUCUGGUGUGCAAAAAAAGAAUCCUUACAAUGAAAAUUCUUGAAACAAAAAAGAGUUACUGUGAAUUUGGCAAUGUUUAUAGGGAACUAAUUUUUGUGGCCUUCAUGAAUCUACUGAAUCAGAUCCAAAUGAUAAAUUUCAAAUUUAUGUUGUGUUCAGAAGUUGAAACCCAGGGAUUUAUAUUGCCACAAAAUAGCUGCUUUGGUCAAAAACACAAAAAUUUUAUGCACAAUUUUUUUUUGUGCUUUAAUACAUAGUUUAUUUGUCCAGUUUACAAUAGUAUUUAUAACAGAGAAUAUUAAGGUAUUUAUUACAUCCUGUCAGCUGGUAAUGAGAUCUACACUGUCAAAUGAAAUAUGGAGGUCUAGAUUUCAACUUACCGUUUAAAGUAUUAGACAGAUUUGUGCUGACACUUGAUAUUUCUGAAGGAUAUAUACUUGAAUGAAUGCAUUUAUAUGAAAUAAUCUCUUUUUACAAUUUUGUUACUGUUUAUACUAAAAUGAAAUUAAAGCUUAAAACAGUGAAAAA